AUGUCAAAGGAUACUUGCCAGUCAGAUGAUGAAUGUGAUGAUGAUAAGAAGUGCUGCCAAUCUGGAUGUGGAUUGUCAUGCAUGAUGCCACUGACUACAAACAAGCCUGGCAAGUGCCCAAGGGUGCCUCAAGGUGACAAGGACUGUGACAGAAAAGGAGACAUGUGUGAUAGAGAUACAGACUGCCCAGGGAAUCGCAAGUGCUGUUUCAAUGGCUGUCAGAGAGAUUGCAGAGUACCAGAGGCACCGAAAAGAAUAAAACCUGGUGUCUGCCCUGCAAUGAAUGCUAUCAAUCCUAAUCUGUGUAAAAUUACAAAAGAUCAGUGCAAAAUGGAUGAUGACUGCUUUGGUCACCUCAAGUGCUGCUUUAAUGGAUGUUUCAGUGAGUGUAUGAAGAGGCCUCAGCCACGCCCAAAGCCAGGCGUGUGUCCAAUUACCGACUACAUCCCUCCUGAGAACUGUUCAGAUACAGAGGACAAGUGCAUGGAUGACACACAAUGUCAAGGCAGAGAUAAGUGUUGUGCGACUGGGUGUCUGAAGGAGUGCGUAACCCCUCCAGCUGUAAAGAAGCCUGGUAUGUGCCCUAUUUUAGACUACAUUAAUCCUGAAGAUUGUGAGGUAACUGAAGAUGAGUGUGAGGAAGAUUCUGAUUGUGAUGGAAGAGACAAGUGCUGUGAUACUGGCUGCAUUAAAGAAUGCAUCACUCCCCCAAUUGAAGUUAAGCCUGGGGAGUGCCCUCUAGUGAAUUUCAUCUCCCCUGAGUUGUGCACAGCAACUGAAGAUGAAUGCGAGUAUGAUAAUGAUUGUAAAGGUAGGGAUAAAUGCUGUGCAACUGGCUGUAUACAGGAGUGUGUGACACCACCCAAGGGAAGGCCCGAAAUAAAUAGCACCUUUGUACAUGUAGUUGGCCGCUGCCCAAAACCAUGGAAAGGGCGAGAUGGUGUAUGUGAUCGUCGUGGAGAUAUGUGUCAUGAUGAUGACAAUUGCAAUGAAACAACAAAGUGCUGCUUCAAUGGAUGCCAAAAAGACUGCAUCGAACCCAUACCUGUUUAUAAGAUAGGGUCUUGUCCAAAACCAUGGAAAGGGCAAGAUGGCAUUUGCGAUCGUCGUGGAGACAUGUGCAGUGUUGACAUUGACUGUGAAGACUCGGAGAAGUGUUGCUUCAAUGGUUGUCAGCGUGACUGUGUGAAGCCCCAUACGAGGGAUUUAUCUGAAAGGCCUGGUCAGUGCCCCAGCCCAUGGAAAGAACAACCUUGUGACAGGAGAGGAGAUAUGUGUGAUACAGAUGACGAUUGUGGAGAUUCAGCUGGAAACAAAUGCUGCCAUAAUGGUUGUCAGAAAGAUUGUGCCAAACCAGGUGAGAGAAUACAUCCUUAUGAAUUUUUCAAUUUUUGCCUGGGUCCAGUUAACAUGGCUGGAAAAUCACACCUUAAAAUCAGUAAAUUAAGUUGCCAAAUUUGAAAAUGAUUUGUCGAAAACUAACAAAGAUAUAGCUCUAUCUGCAAAGGCGUGAAAUGUAAUGACUGUUUGUUUGGUGGGAGGCAAGUUCGUACUCCCUACCAUAUAAAUGUCUGUAAAAUUUCACAACUUCUGGGAGUUAUACCUUUGCUCACUUUAGAUAUAUCACUUCCAAACUUGGCAAGUUUUAUUUUGCUAAUGUUAAGGUGACUCUUUCCAGCAGUGACACCAAACUUUUUCCUUAAUGAUCCUCAUCAGAACUUAGGAAAAAAAUGUGGAAGGUUCAAUUAAUGCAUAAGCUCAUAGUAGCCACCAACCAAAGCUGUUGCAGGGGUUGGCCCUGCUCGUCAUGUACAGCUCCAUAAAGGAUACUGGAUGCUUUGACUCCAGGCUUUUUUUUCAAAGAUUUCAUCUCAGUUGCCUUUAGUUUACAUUGGGCCUAUUAGUGGCUCAUGUUUGUUUCUCAGGGGGUAAAUAAUUUUGUCACACUUAUGGUGCUAUCAUUUUGUAGUCUCUGAGCAUGCUUUCUUUUUGGGUCUUAUUCAUGCAGUGGGGACUGGGUUUGGGUUCUGACUUCAGAAUUUUGUCAUAGAUUUUAGAAAAUAAAAACCUGUUUCAAAUUUUAGGCUAAACAGGUUCUUAUUUAAUAGAGGGGGCUUAACUGGCAAAUUUUAGCCUGAUAGGUUCUUAAAAUACAGGUUCUUUUUUACACGUAGGUGUAUGCCUGUAAUUGUCAUGGGUGUUUUAUGCAACUGAUGGGCCCUGGCCUGCGACCCAUGUAAAAAAGUUAUCAAUACAGAACCAACAUGUUAAAAUAACUGAUUUUUAUGGCCCUAAACUUUGAAAUGGGUUUUCAAAAAUUAACUUUGUAAUUACCUUUCUUUUAAAUGAUCAGUGAACCUAACAAAGUGCCAGGAAGAAACCAUCAAAGCCUUGGACAAACUUGCGUUAGACCCUCCCCUGCUGGGUGUUUUUGUGCCAAGAUGUAAACCAGAUGGAGAGUAUGAAGUUCAACAGUGUCAUGAAUUACACUGCUGGUGUGUGGACAAAGUUGGCAACAAAAUUCCAGGCACAACAGUGUGGGGCUCAGCCGUCUGCUUACCACAAGGUACAAAAAUAAUGACCCCAACUUCCUCACCCCACCCCGUCUCCAUCCCCACCCAUGUACUAGCUUGAAAGUCGUUUCACCUAGCUAGCUAGAAAAAAAGGUUUUUGAUGAGCAUUGAUUUAAGUUUUUCUACAAUAGUUUGAAUUUCCCAAAACACUUUACUUGCCCAUUGGCCAAGGCUGUCAUUAAGAGGCAGGAGCCGGGGAUUUCCUCCGGCUACUAUGAACAUGGCCGCGGCUACUUUCUAUGGAAAAUAAAAGAAAAGUAGAACCAAAAGAAACCCCUAGCUGUUUGAUUCCCCGCCUACUUUGUUGCAUUUACCCUGCAACUUGAAAUCUUAGUGACAACCCUGAUACCAACAUCAACCAGCCCUGGGGUAUCGGACAUAACUGCCCGCCUUUCGAUCACAUGACCUAUACCCAGGCCCCCAGCAGUGUGUGAGAAAAAGAUUUUCCAGUUAUUUCGUUACACUCAGCCAGUAGCCUGUUCCAGGCGUUCAGAUAGUGGGGAGCGGUGCAAAGUAAAAAGGAGCGCGAAAAAAUAAAAGCGAGGGAGGAGCAUCUCUCUCUCCAGUCCUCCUCUACUUUUCAUCGCUUUCUUUACUUCGCACCGCUCUCCACUAUCUGAACGCUUGGAACAGGCUACUCAGCCAGUGAAAAAUUACCCUUUACAAGCAGGGGUAGUACAGUAAAAACCCGCGUGUAAGAACCUACUUUUUUAGAGUUUGGCAAAACAGGUUCUUAUAUUUUGGGGUACUAAAGUAGCAAAUUUCUGCCAGGAGGUUCUUAAUUUUCUAGGUUCUUACACGUGGGUUUUUACUGUAUUAUGAAACACCAUUGUUUUAGCUCAUGACAUACGUUGCCGGUAAUCCUCUGAGAAUUUAUUUUGUUUUGGGCACAUUAUGCAGCUACUUGUCCUAACCUCUUCAUUUUGUGUGAAAUAAUUCCUUUAUAGACAAACAAGGUAAAUGUCCAAAACCAUGGAAAGGUCAAAAUGGAAUCUGUGAUUACCGUGGUGACAUGUGCCUUCAGGAUUCUGAUUGCAGUGGAGAUGACAGAUGCUGCUUCAAUGGAUGCCAAAAUGACUGUGUACCUCCCGGUAAGUGGAAUAUAAUGAAUUUCUUCAAGAGAAGGGAAUAUAAUACGGUUAAAGCCCAUUGAUUCAGAUACCAAAGGAACGAAACCAAGGGGCCACAUGGGCUCGAUUUCAGCUGCUGUCCGGGAAACGAGCCCGCACUCCUCCCCCGAACAGCGGGUGGUAAUCAAGCCUAAGGGUCUCAUUAAAGAUAGUUAUUUCAGGGGGUGUCACUUUUUUUACUUAGGCCAGUGGCCUGUUUCUCAAAGUCCUGGUAACUUUUUUGGGCCUCAAAAACAAAUGCAGUCGAAGCCCUCCUUGCAACCACUCUCGUAAGCGACCGCGACCACUUUUGGGAUUACCCAACUAGACUUUUCCUUUGUUUUUAAGCUCUCGCAAGCGACCACUCGGGUCUUUUCAUAUAAAUCAAUACUUUAAUGAAACUGCACACUGCGCGAAUGGUUCGUCGCUAAAGAUAUCUUGUACGGUACAGUAUUGUAUUUGUAUAAGUUCAAGGUCCAAAAAGUUGGACAUAAAGUUAAGCUGUGUUUGUAUCAGAUAUAAAGACACCCAUCACACAUUAAGUUCCUUUGUUUUUUCGUUAUGGUUUAUUAUGGAGUUUUUGAGGCUCUUCGUAAUCGAAUCCAACUCAUUAGAUCUUUUCAUGUUUCAGUGGGUAUUAAACUUUGCAAGAAGCACAAGAAGGCCAAUGGUGCAUCUGGUAAUGAACAUCCUUUAAUUGGUGCCUUUGGCCCCAGCUGCAAAGUAAAUGGAGACUAUGAAGAAAUCCAGUGUCAUGGCUCAACAGGGUUCUGUUGGUGUGUAGACAAGUUUGGUAAUGAACUGGAGGGAACGCGGACACGAGGAGAGCUUAACUGCUCGCAUCCAGGUAAGAAAGGCUGGGAAAAUGUUACUUAGAAUGCGUUCAUUCGCAUUUCAUAGCGAGCCUCUAUGUGAUCGUCGUUUUUGUCGCGCGUUUUCAAUCAGUCGUCGAUUUUUUAACGAAAUCUUCACAUAUCUAGAAUUGUUCCCGGAGAAGGGUUAACUCUGAACGCGCUGCACACUUUUUUUGGCGGAUUUCUUUGCUGUCAUCACACGACUAACGUUGUUAAAGUUGAUCGAAAUGCAAUGCGGACGUCAUUUCAUCAACAGCUAUACAGUGAUUUCAUCAACAGCUAUAUGGUGAUUAUUACAACUUGCUCAAUUUGUCACAUGUAACAGUAAGUGAAUUGUUUUGAAGGUAAAGUUUUAAACUAAAAGAGAAAGGAAAAUACAUUGUCAUUAGUUCGUGUCGUCCACACAAUGUCGUAGUGACACAAGAAAAUGUCUCUUUGUAGUGGUGUAGUGGCGGCAAAAAAUG